AUGACUCGCCUCGGCGCCUUCGCUGCUUUGGCCUUGGCCUUUUCGUCGCAAGUUUUCGUAGCUGCCGCGCCCCAAAAAUGCAGCCCAAGCAAGAAAUGCCCUUCAAGCGCUCCGUGCUGCUCUCAAUACGGAGACUGCGGUUCUGGAGCCUACUGCCUUGGUGGAUGUGAUGCAAAAUCGUCCUUUGCCAUUGACUCCUGCGUCCCGGCGCCCGUCUGCAAGAGCAAAACGUACCGAUGGGAUAACCUCGACGGAGUUGUACCCAACACCAAGUACCUUGGAGAUAUCGAACAAGGAGACUGGGUAUCCAGCGGUGAACCGCUAACAAGUAAUGGCAAUCUACUAUUGACCAUGGCUCCGGACACCGUUGGCACACUCAUGGCUAACAACCACUACAUGUGGUACGGCAAAACAACCGCCAAGCUAAAGACUAGCCGCGGAAAAGGUGUUGUGACGGCAUUCAUUCUCCUCUCUGACGUCAAAGAUGAAAUCGACUUCGAAUUUAUCGGUGCCGAUUUGGACACGGCUCAAACCAACUACUACUUUCAAGGAAUUACCGACUAUACCAAUGGAAAAAAUGCAUCCGCUCCCAGUUCCUACGAUACAUUCCACACAUACGAGAUUGACUGGACUCCAGAAUCGAUUACGUGGUCCAUCAAUGGAAAGCCCGUUCGUGUGACGAAGAGGUCGGACACCUUCAACGAGACAUCUAAUCAAUACGCCUAUCCUCAAUCCCCAUCCCGAGUGCAACUCUCGCUCUGGCCCGCUGGGCUUCCAAGCAAUGGCGAAGGCACAAUCAACUGGGCUGGCGGCCUGGUCGACUGGGGCCAUGAAGAUAUCAAGAACCACGGGUAUUAUUAUGCUAUGUUUGACGAAGUAUCGAUUGAGUGCUACGAUCCUCCAAAGGGCGCCAAGAUCGAAGGCAAGAAGUCUUACGUUCUCACCGACCUAAAAGGCACUGAAGAUGCCUUCAAGAUUACCGAUGACGAUACCGCUUUGAAGUCGUUCUUGGGCAACGGCCGUGACAUGGAUAAAGACUACCCAUCUCCCUCUGGAACCCGUAAACCCAGUCAAACCAGCGAUAUUGCUGUCAUUCCUGGUUUGAGCGGUGCUGGGCCCGGCGCCGACGGCACUCGAGGAGAUGAGCCUAGUGAUGGUGGUUCCCCUGGCGGCAAUGGCGGCAAUGGUGGCAGCAAGCCAAACCCGUCGGAUUUCUCUCAAGGUGGUAACGGAGGUGACGAGCAGAGCGGCGCAUCGCCACAAGGCGAGCAGAUGCUAAAAGGAUCGUUGUUCGCAGUCCUUGUGGCUCUUGUCGUGCUCGUUGCUAUGUAA